AUGCCGUCUAUCCUUAGUGAUGCCGACAAGGAAACGGUCAAGAGGCAAGUCCCGAAGCCCGCGAACAAGAUCCUCGCUGUAGCCGUCGCGCGACUGUAUGUCGCCUACCCGGACCAUCAAAGAUGGGUAUAUACUGGUUUGCAGGGUGCUGCAGUGCUUGCAAAUGAUCUGGUGGGACGCACGUUCUGGCUGAAACUGGUUGAUGUAUCGCCCGCUGGAAAAGGUGUCAUUUGGGACCAAGAAAUAUUCGACAAUUUCCACUAUAACCAAGACCGUACCUUCUUCCAUACCUUCGAGCUCGAAGACUGCCCCGCCGGCCUUUCCUUCGCAGAUGAAAAGGAAGCCAAAACCUUUAUCAAGAAGAUGCAAGAGCGAGAGAAACAUGCAAGCAAAGAAACUAGCAAGACACCAUUUGCGUCUACUCGAGGGCAGGGUCCUGCACCCGUUGCGAAUGGGAAAGUAGGACGUUCGCUCUUCGGUAGCUUGUUAGGCCAUCGGUCAAGCCCAGGGCCAAGUGCGUCAGCGCCAGCACCUUCAAUACAAGUUGCACCACCACCGCCGCCACCAUCUACUAGUCCGUCACGCAAAGAGUUGCCUUUUGACACCAGCGAUCCGUCAUGGAAAGGUCUUCUGGACGAGCUUUUGCAGAUGGGAAUUACGGAAGAUCAGAUCGCGGACAACUCGGAUUUCAUCAAAGCGUACAUCGACCAGAAGCAGAGCAAUGCCGUGGACUCUGCGCUUUCUGCGGCUGAAGACCAGAGGAGAGGAAAGGCUCCGCCUCCGCCUCCCCCUUCUGCGCCUCCCAAGCUGAAUGCCAUAAGCCCCCAAAAUACUGGUAACAGCUCUGGCAGUCGUCGAGGUGCCCCUCCUCCUCCGCCUCCCUCGCGGAGACCCCGCGCUGAAGCGCAGGAUGAAUCUGCUUCUCCAUCACCGCGUGAACCGUCCCCGCCACGACCGGUAUUUCGUGCGCCUCCUGCAAUUCCUGACGCCGGGAAAUUUGCCAACCUUCCUCUCACACGGCCGCGGGCACAAUCAGGAGCAAAAGCCGGCCCUCCCCCUCCCCCGCGGCCCCCGAAGACUCCAAUGGAAGAUGCUCCCACUCGGCAUGCUGCCCCCCCGCCUUUCCAAGGAGAGCGCAAGGUGUCUGCUCCACCAGCACCUCCCAGUCGAAGCCCGGCACCUCCAGGUCCUCCACCCCCACCCCCGCGUACAGCGAGCCCUGCGGCUCAACCCCCGCAGCUUCCGCCAAAGGUUCCAACUGCCCCGUCGCCUGGCCUACCACCACCUCCACCUGCCAGAAGUCCUGCUUCACCACCACCACCUCCUCCUGUACCUGCUGUUUCUCGGCCCAUUCCUCCUCCACCGACAUCAAGUGUUCCCCCUCCACCUCCCCCGCCUCCGUCGAAUACCGGGCCUCCACCUCCUCCACCUGCCGCACGUCCGCCGCCCCCUUCUGUAUCCGCGCCAGGUCCACCUCCACCGCCUCCUCCUCCUCAAACCGGGGCACCACCGCCGCCGCCUCCUCCACCACCUGCAGCACGUCCGCCCCCUUCUGCUGGAACUGGUGGUCCCCCUCCUCCUCCUCCUCCUCCGCCACCCGGAGCUGGUGCACCUCCUCCCCCCCCCCCUCCGCCUGGCGUUGGCGCACCUCCUCCUCCGCCGCCGCCUGGAGCUGGUGCCCCUCCCCCUCCCCCUCCUGCUGGCGGGGCGCCUCCUCCUUUGCCUAAAGCCGGAGGUGGUGGAAGAGAUGAUCUGCUGGCGUCCAUUAGAGCCUCCGGAGGAAAGGGAGGCGGAGGCUUGCGCAAAGUCAAGGACACAGAAAAGAAGGAUAGGAGCGCAGCUAUGGUUCCAGGAUCCGAGCCUCAAUCGUCUGCAACAGCUUCAAGUGGCGGAGCCCCGCAAGGGGGCUUGGCAGGUGCUUUGCAAGAUGCCCUCAACAAGAGAAAGCAGAAAGUCAGUGGUAGCGACGACGAAAGAGACAACGAUGACGAUUGGGAUUAG